UGUGACCGGAGUUUAAUGCGUCGUCUGUUCAGAGAGGGAAACUGAACCCUCUUGGCUCAGCGGGUCACAGAGCAGGAGAGAUGGAGUGCAAGUAUUAUAUAUGCUGAUUCGGACCAUCAUAUUCAUUCAGGUUGAAGUUAUAUUCAGUUGUUCUGGACAGAAUUUCUGAGUAUGUCCCAAUGGAAAUGAAACGUUUAACAUCCUCAGCUUCUUCUUAAAUGCAUUUUCAAGAGACUCUCUGCCAUUCAGGAAUAAUGCUUCUUGUGGCUUCUGUUAGGUGAGACUUGUGAAUAUUUAACAAUGGUUGAAUUUUCUUCAAACUCAACAGACAUUCUGACACUGCAAGGCUUUGACCUACCUCCUCAAGGGGUGUAUGCUGCAUUUAUUUUUGCCACACUGAGUUACCUUUUAAUUAUCUUCUGUAACCUUUUAAUGAUGGCCACCAUUAUCAUGAAUAAGAGCCUCCACCAGCCUAUGUACUUCUUGCUCUUUAACCUGCCCAUCAAUGACCUCAUUGGCUCCUCAGCCCUCUUCCUGCAACUCAUCAAAGAGAUUCUGCUGGACUCCAGGUACAUCGAGGCCUCCAACUGCAUCGCUCAGGCGUUUUUCGUCCACAUUUACUGGGUUACCGGUGCCUUAAUCCUCUCUGCCAUGGCUUACGACAGGUACAUCGCCAUAUGCAACCCACUGAAAUACAGCACCAUAAUGACCAACAGCCACAUCGCGAAAAUAAUCGCAUCGGUGUGGCUCGUGGCCCUGCUCUUGAUUGGCGUGCUGUUCGGCCUCCUACUACGGCUGCCUCGGUGCAGAUCUUUAAUAUCGCAAACUUACUGUGACAAUCCCUCUCUGCUUGCACUAGUCUGUGCAGACACCACCAUCAACAACAUUUACGGACUGUUCAUCACAGCCGGCAUACAAGUGUUUUUUCUGGGAAUGAUUCUCUACACCUACCUUCAGAUUUUGCUUGCAUGCUUUAAAAACAAACGGUCUGACACAAAGAGCAAAGCUUUGCAGACCUGUACAACUCAUUUAACCGUCUUUAUCAUUUUGGAGUGUUUAGGACUUUUCACAAUUAUCUCAUAUCGCAUAAAGCAGCUCUCUCCUCAUUUAAGGAGGAUGAUCGGAGUUUCCACCUUGAUAUUUCCCCCUACACUCAACCCAAUAAUAUAUGGCCUUAAAACAAAGGAAAUCCGACAAAAGAUUAACAUGGCAUUCCGCAAAACAGUGUAUCCUUAAUUUCUGUUUUGAAAAAUAUUUUCUUGGUAAUUCUGCUUACAUGAACUAAGACUGAGAAAUACUGGACUGAGAUUUAGGAUUUACUUUUAUUUUAUUGUAUUUUUUUUAUAGUAUGGAUCUGUUCUGUUUAUGUUACAUUGUUGUUGAAUUGAUGGUGUAAUGACCUGCCCUUUGUAUAUGUUCAUGUCCUUUUCUUACAUAGUAAUAUGUAUUUUUUUGUAACUUG